AUGAUUUCUAGAUUAAGACAUAUCAACAAAUUUUUUGCCAACAAUUUUAAUAGCUUCAAAACAAUUAAGCCCGUCACUGUCUCAUUCCAUACAAAUAUAGACAACGUGUCUCUCAACAAGAGCGUGAGCUACCAGAUAAGUUAAAUUUAAGGACAGUAGUUAAGCUAAAGCAAAUAAAGUUUCGAAAAUUUCCAAAGAGUAGCUAUUAUUCACAACAAAAAUAUUUUAAAAUUGUCUGAAGAUGAUAGCUCUGAGAAUGUAUCAAACAAUAAUCCCAACAACAACAACAGUAACAAUGGCUAAAGUGGGAAUCAAAAUCCAAAUAAUAAUGGGAAUAAUAACAAUGAUGAAAAUACUCAUGGAAACAAAAAAGGUGUUACUUUGAAGACAAUUCCUAUGAGAAACUGGAAAGCCACUGAUUUGACUGAAGAGGAACUAAAGUUGACACCUUAAACUCACAUCAUCUUCUCUUCUUAAUAACCUAUUCUACCUUACUCAAAGGUUCCCUGUUAAAUGAAAACUGGUAACUUAACAGAGAUUAAUCAUGAGCUUGCCUACUUUAUUUUAAAUGAAGCUGGCGAUGUUUAUCAAAUAGGUCUAGAGCUAGAAAAGAAUGUUGGUAAAUAGCUAUCUAAAUCCUUUAAAGGUAAAACCGCAGAAGUCUCUUCUACAUAGCAAAAUUUCGGUCAAGUAAACGUAGACUUAGCUCCUAAAAAGCUAAGCCAUCGUGUCAAGAUUAUUGAAAUAUAAGUGAAUUCAAAUGGCAUUUUUGCAAAAACUAUUCCAUACAAGGAUGAUAAGAAUUUGAGCAAAGUUAUUGAUAAAUUUAAUUUAGAAAGAGAACUCUACUUGCUUCGUAGUUUAGUGCAAAAUAUUAAAAAAUCUGUAUCAUAUGAGAAAAUAGAAGUCAUAGGACCUCAGGAAAUAGAAACAGCAAACCUUUCUGAAGCCAAUACUGAAAUGAUUGAUCGCAUGAUAUUUUAGAUUAUUGGAGGAAUUGCAAAAUUGUACUAACGCUACAUGAAAGAAAACAUAAAUUUGUUAAUCUAGACUACUUUGGAGAGCAAGAAUGUUGUGGAAAGAGUAUUAUUUUUGAGACAGAACUUGGAAUCUCUUAAUGAUGUUAUGGAGAUUGUUAAUAGAAACUUCAAGUUAGCUGAUGAUAAUUUGAUUAGAAUGUAGACUUAAACCAGAGCAAAGCUAUCAAUGGAAUACAUUAGAUAAGCUUAUUUGGCUAAUGACAAGCAAGGAUAAUAAAAUAUUUUUGGUGUAGGUCCUGGAUUCGGUGGCUAAGGUGCAGGUGGUUAAACAUAAAAGUUAGUUUAAUAGUAUAUGUCUAAAUUGCACUUGAUUGAAGAUGAGCCUUCUAAGGAAAGAGUAAGAUAAGAAAUUGAGAGAUUUAGCUAAAUCGAUAAACACUCCAGCGAAUUCAAUAAAAUUAAUACUUAUCUCGACGAAGUCUUCAGUAUUCCUUGGAACAAAUAUACUCCUGCUAACUGGGAUAUUGGAUAUGCUAAGAAAGUUUUAGAUGAUGAAAUUUACGGAUUAGAGAAGGUUAAGGAAAGAAUUAUUGAAAUGAUUGCAGUAAAUCAAAUGAAAAACACCCACUCCAAGAGCAAAGGUUUUAUUCUUUUAUUGUAGGGUCCUCCUGGUACAGGCAAAACAUCUAUUGCCAAAGCUGUAGCUAAAGCUUUGUAAAAAGAAAAUAGAUUCAUCAGCUUUGCAGGUAUAUCUGAUCCUUCCUUCUUUAAAGGUCAUCGUAGAACCUACGUUGAUUCUCAGCCAGGUGUUUUCAUUAAGGAAUUAAUUAAGGCUUAGACAAUGAAUCCCGUAUUUAUUUUAGAUGAAAUAGAUAAAAUUUCUAAAUCAAGUAUGGGAGCUGAUCCUUAUUACAGUUUGAUGGAAAUAUUAAAUCCUGAAGAAAAUAACAAUUUCACUGAUCACUACAUGGACAUCAAGGUCGAUUUCUCUAAUACUAUUUUCAUUUUAACAGCAAACAAUAUUAUGAAUAUGCUCGAGCCUUUGAAAAAUAGAUUAGAAAUUAUUGACGUUCCUGCAUAUAUUGAAGAAGAAAAGCUAUAAAUUAGCAAGAAAUUUAUUAUUCCAAAGGCAAUUAAGAGUAAUGGUAUUAACGAAAACCUUUUUAAAUACAACGACCAAACCAUUUCUUAAGUCAUAAAGAAUUGGUGCUAUGACGAAGCUGGUGUUAGAAGCUUGAAGAGGUGCUUUGAAACAAUAUCAAGAAAGUAUGCAGUUGAACUCCUAACAAAUAACCCUGAACUUGUUUAGCUCUAACAACAAUCAUAAUAAGCAGCAAAUCAAAAAGAAAAAGAAUAAUACGAAGAAUAACAAAGAAAGCUUAAAGAAUAACAAACAUAAACUCGUUAAACUACUUAGACAAACGCCAACAAUAAUAGCGAGACUGUUCAAGUAAACACAACAGCUCCUCAAAAUGAAGAAACAUAGAGCAAUAACGCUGUCAAAAAAGAAAUUAGUUAGGAAGUUUCUUAUCCUACAAUUCUCAGUGACUAAACAGUGUAAUAGUUAAAAUUACCUGUCUUAGAUCUCACAUAAUCUACAAAUUAAAUGGAUAUUCUUAAAAAAUACUUGGGUGUUCCAAGAUUUGAUGCUGAAUUAGAUUCUCGUUAAUCAGUCGUCUUUGGUCCAGGUAUUGUAAAUAUCAUGAGUGUUGGUGGUUUUGUUGGUCAUAUAAUGAAAAUUGAAUGUGUAUUUGAUAGCACUCAAUUGGAAAAAAAAGGAACAUUCUCUUCAAGCGGUAAUUUGCAAUAAGUUUUGUAAGAAUCUUUGACUAUUGCAAAAAUUAAUGCCUUCAAUUUCUUGAAGGAAGAUAAAAAGAAGCUCCUAUCUGAAAAGAAUGUUCAUAUUCACUUUAUGUCUGGAGCCAUUCCCAAAGAUGGUCCUUCUGCUGGUAUUGCCAUCUGUACAGCUUAUUUGUCUCUCGCUAUGGGUAAAUCAGUUCCUGCUAAUAUUGCCAUGACUGGUGAAUUAUCAUUGACUGGAGAAGUAUGCAAGAUUGGUGGUCUUCAAGCUAAGAUUAUAGCUGCUAAAACAUUAAACAUAGAUCAAAUUAUUUGUCCUUACAGUAACUUGAGCGAUGUCCAUGAUUUCCCUAGACUUCUCUUAGAUGGAUUGACAAUCUACUUCGUUAAAGAAUAUAAAUAGGUUUAUGACAUCGUUUUUGAAGAUAAAAGAGGUAGUCUCGUCCCUAAGGGUGUAGUAGUAUUGAAGAAUGGCAACUUCAUAAAUAAUCCAAUGGAUGUCUAAAUAAAUAAUUAAAAUAACACAGAAAUGCCAUUUAACUCUAACGUUAUUAUGAAAGAAAAUAACUAAUGA